AUGGCCUUGCCCCAUGAUGCCAAAAAGGGCCCACUUCCCGUCUUGCCUGUGGAUGACAGCCUCGGAGACCGACAAGACAUGCAUAAUCCUGAUCCUGAUCCCAAUGAAGUAUUCUGGGACAAUGACGAAGAUUCCUCAAACCCCAUGAACUGGAGCGGCACGUAUCGUUGGUGCCAUGUUGGCUUUAUUUCGCUUGUAACCUUUGUCACUUCGCUAGCUUCAUCCAUGCUGGCACCCGCAGUCCACGACGUGAUGAAAUCUCUUGGAUCUGACAAUACGAAGCUAGAGUCGUUUGUUGUGUCAAUCUAUGUGAUUGGAUUCGCUAUUGGCCCACUCAUUGUAGCACCAUUGUCGGAAUUGUAUGGUCGCGCCAUCGUCUACCAUUUGACAAAUGUGAUUUUCCUUGGGGCCAUCAUUGGAUGUGCUUUGAGCAAAAAUGUUGGGAUGUUUCUGGCAUUCCGGUUUAUUUCCGGCUGCGCGGGAGUAACCCCUUUAGCUUUGGGUGGCGGUACUAUUGGCGACCUCAUGCCUCCGGAGCGGAUGGGGACCGCAAUGGCCGUUUGGGGUUUAGGAUCUUUAGUGGCGCCUGUUUUUUCUCCAAUUGCAGGAGGCUACCUGAGCCAAGAUGCGGGCUGGAGAUGGAUCUUUUGGGUAAUUGCUAUUCCGAUGGCCAUCCUUACGAUCUUGUCCCCAUUUCUGAUCCGUGAAACAUACGCCCCCGUACUGCUGGAGGCUAAGACUCGGAGACUCCGUAAGGAGACAAAUAAUCCGCAGCUGAAGUCCCGCCUGGAUCCUGGGGUUUCUCGACGGGAGGUCAUUCUCACGGCUCUCAUUCGCCCCCCAAGGCUUCUGCUGACUUCAUUUGUGGUGACAACAAUUGCACUCUACGUGGCAGUAGUAUACGGAUACCAAUAUCUUGUCUUUACUACAUUGGCGUACAUUUUCCAGGAUAAGUAUCACAUGUCAACUGGGUCGUCCGGGCUGAUUUACUUAGGAACUGGAAUUGGAACGAUUUUAGGAAUUUUCGCCAUUGGUUUUGCCGCCGACAAAGUUGCCGAACAGAAGAAGAAGAGAGCAUCCGCCUUGGCCAAAGAUCUCCAGCCGGAGGUGUGUCUGUGGCCUAUGAUUCCUUCGAGUCUGGUAGCUCCCAUUGGUCUCUUUUGGUAUGGGUGGUCACUGCAGACGAAUGCAUCCCCAGUGGUCCCAUUAGUUGGGUUGGGAGUGUUUGGGUUCGCCAUGAUGGGUGUUUUCCAGCCAGCACAGGUCUACCUGGUGAAUUCAUUCACGAUACAUUCUGCAUCUGCCCUGGCGGCGAUGAACAUUCUUCGAAGUUUGGCUGGAGGCUUGUUGCCUCUCGCGGGCCAUGGCCUAUACGAUGCUUUGGGGAUGGGAUGGGGGAACAGUCUCUUGGCGUUCAUUGCAUUGGCCUUCGCCCCGGUUCCCUUUCUCUUGAUGAAAUAUGGGGCAAAAAUGAGGAAGAGGGAUCGGAAUAUUAAGUGA